UGUGACGGUAUCGUGGCGCUGUCACAACACGUUUGUCGUCUGUCAAGUGGUUGUACCUGUGGUUUGUGUAUUGCGGGUGGAAUGUAGAAUGACAGGCAAUCGUUAGCCAACUAUUAUAGAAGGAAGAGGUCAGGAUUUCACAGGGACAACUUAACUGACGAGAACCUGGGAUAUAUUAUUGGAAUUUGUACACAGAAUGUCCUGAUUUGUUCGCCAUUUUCGGUUUCGAAAUUAUAACGGUUUAGAAACCUGUUAGUGUUUACAAAGGUGUUUUCUACAGGUGUCACGUUCUAAGUACAUGCGAUCAUGCUUUUACCAACUUAAUCGGAUAAAUUAACUGGAAUAAUGGCAGAUACGAAAAACAAGGGUGGCGGAGAGCAAACGCUUGCGGUAGCUCUCCGAAUUCGCCCUUUAAAUGAGGAUGAAACUAUGAUGGGGGCUACUACAAUCGCCCACAAAGUUCAAAAGAAGAUGGUGGUCCUCAUGGAUCCCAUGGAUACAGAACAUGAUGAUGUUCUACGAGCCAAUCGGUCACGUGAGAAGAGGUUUGUGUUUGAUUACACAUUUGACAGCAAUGCGUCACAGGAAGAAGUGUUUAAGUCGACAGCCAGCUUCCUGAUACCGAGUGUGGUGUCUGGUUAUAAUGCCACGGUGUUUGCCUACGGUGCUACAGGUGCGGGGAAGACCUACACUAUGUUGGGAAACAACGACAACCCUGGUAUAAUGGCUAUGUCCCUUAACGUGCUGUUCCAGGAGAUGGAGCGUACCAGAGAGGAUAUGGUCUACAAAGUCUCCAUGUCCUAUCUCGAGAUCUACAAUGAGAUGAUCCGAGACUUGUUAAGUCCAGCGUCAGGAAUCCUUGAACUGAGGGAAGAUGCCAAGGGUGGUGUGCAGGUGGCGGGACUGUCUGAAGUGACCACCCACACAACAAGUGAGGUGAUGGAGAUGCUGUUGAUGGGGAAUAAAGAGAGAACACAGGAGCCGACAGCAGCUAACAAGACAUCCUCACGCUCCCAUGCCGUCCUACAGGUCCUGGUCAAACAGCAGAACCGUGUACGAAACACGAGCCAGGAGGUCCGUAUGGGUAAACUCUUUAUGGUGGACUUGGCAGGCUCAGAGCGUGCUGCUGCUACCCACAACAGGGGCAAACGUAUGGUAGAGGGCGCCCACAUCAACCGCUCUCUGCUUGCUCUCGGCAACUGUAUAAAUGCCCUCAGUGACAAGAAUGGACCAAAAUAUGUGAACUUCAGAGACAGCAAGUUAACCAGACUGUUGAAGGAUGCACUAGGUGGCAACUGUAAGACAGUGAUGAUUGCCCACAUCAGCCCCGCCUCUUUACACUUUGAGGAAUCCCGCAACACCCUUAUAUACGCAGACCGAGCCAAGCAUAUCAGAACAAAGGUUCGAAGAAAUGUCGCGGAUGUAUCGUAUCAUAUAGCCCAGUACACUAACAUCAUCCAGGAGCUGAGGGAGGAGAUUAAUCGACUCCGGGUACGACUACAGGACACGGUCGAGAGUGGACCUGUUAGUGGUGCAAAAAUAAAAACUGUUCAAGCUGAGGUCUUGUCAGCACAACAUGGGGAAGCUCGGGAACAGCUAAACAAAGUCAAGGAACAGCUCCUCAUCUCAUUCAAGGAUCAGAUGGAGUUGAGGAAAAGUUUAAUGGAGCUUAAUAAUGCAUCUAUGGAAAUAAGUCUAGAGACGAAUCGUAACCAGCUGAUUAUUAGCGAAUGGGAUGUUGAGAAAGCCAAGUUACCACGGCGAGAAGGUGGCGAGGACAUGUACAGAGAGGAUACAAAGACCCUGGAACUGUCUGGACUCGGCUCGGACGACGUCUUGGAACCGGAUGAAGUGCGCAUGGCACGGGAAGAAUUAAAGGUCCUGCAUGAUGAGAAACAUCGCACAGAGAGAAUUAGGGGAACUGUUCAGAAGGAGCUGGAAACAGCCAAGUUUAAAACCAAUAGACUACAGGAGAACAUUCCCCAGCGCAUCAAUGGUGAAGACCAACGUGAGAUCCUUAGUCUGUUGUACAAAGUACAUGUCUUAGAGAUAGAGAACACAGAGGUCCAGUCCGCUUGUCUGCUGCGCGAGUUCCAGAUCAAGAAAAAGGACAUGGUAUUGUCGAGGUUCCGACAACACCAGAACCUAACUGACCAAAUUAUUAAAAGGCAGCGGGUUCUUCUAGCAGAAAAGAAUAUAGCAACACCGAAAGACCUAGAAGAAUUGUAUGACCUGUAUAAAUUGGAGCUGGAUGAUAGGCUUCUGCUGACAGAUGAAGAUUCAGGUCUCAGUCCAGAGUACCUCAAGAUUGGAGGAGGAGGUCGUAUAAACCGCUCCUUCAUUGCAGAUGAGGGCGAUCAGCUGAGUACCCUGGAAGAGGAGGAUGCAAGACUCACUCCCAGGUUUGGAGAGGGAGAGAAGUUGUUUUCUAGGAGUGCCAAGGCACAACGUUUGCGGGAUGACAAUUUGUCUGUGAAUUGGGGAGAUAACUUGAAUCUAAAUGGUAGUCCUCGUACUCCACGAUCUCCACACUCAUCUCGACAUAACAGUCCGCAACCUAUCAAUGUGUAUAGUGACGAUCGCACAACCAUCACUAGCAACACACGCAAUAUUGCUGCCCUGGCCGCAAAGAAACGAUCCAAAGCACAGAACAACCUUCUUAACAUUGAGCGGCAGUAUGGGGAACCAAGGUCAUUAUAUCGACCUUCAAAUGACGAUGCAUACUUGUCACCUCGUACUUUGGCAAGACAUAACCAAAGUUACGAUGAUGUUGUGCUCCCAUCAAUUCACAAACCUCCAAGUGAAGAUAAUUUGUCAAAUGCAACAAAGCAGAGUGCAAACACAGACAAUAGUAACUUGCCACCGAUACGGGCUGUGCGGAAAGGAACCAAAGAGUCGGACCUGAAGCGUAACCGACGUACACGUGGUUAUGACAACAGCUACAGUUCACAGUAUGCAAAAAUGAAUGCUGGUCGAGGUCGACAUGGAGUUGAUGUUUAUGGAAGAACAAAACGAGGACAGAAAGGUGAUUCAUCAGGAGGAAGUACCCCUCAGAGCAAGUCUAAAAAUCCUGUACCAACAAUAACAAGUUACAGGAAGGGAGACAUCGCUGUACAUGGCUUUAGUCUCCCACGCUGAGACUGACCUCUGACCUGACCUGUGACCUAAUCCAGGGGUCAGAUAAAAAUGGUGCUGACGUUUGAUUGAAAGAUCUGCACGACUUCCCGAUUAUUAGUUGGAAAGUGUAUCAGAAUUUAAAGAGAAAGAAGGUUUUCACUAUUUUCUAUGGAAUUGGUGUACAUAACUACAAGCAUCCAAAUCCCUUUCAUUAGACUUUAAAAGGAAAUCUGAAAUAUCACAUUGGUUGGCUAUCCUUUUUCACUACUAUAUAGGGAAAUUAAUUACAUCUGAUACUUAGACCGAUAUCAUGAUUAAUAAUUAGAGUUUCAGAAUAAUAAAAUAUUAUGUCACUUUUUAGAUUUUGCACCUGUUUGACAAUUUCAAGUAUCAUGUAUUCUGCAUACAAGGUGAAUUUGUACAUUAAUGAAUAGACUUGUAAUACCCUAGUUAAAUGAAACUGUUUUGUUAUAUUCAUUGUUAACAUAACUAUAUAUUGAAUUUGGGUUUAUGUUACAUUCAUAAGUGUCCUGGUUACUGUAAGUCUACAAUCAUGUGUACGGUCAAUCGGACAGCCACUGGACAUUUUGUUGAAUGAUUUUGCUGUCCCCUUUAAUGAAGUAUACAGCUGUUUUUACUGUUAUCUGUAAUUUUCAUGUAUCAUGAUUUUUUUUCUUUCAAAUGUUUGAGGACGAUCUGAAUAUUUAAAACAGAGAUAACGUUUUCUGCUUGACAUAUUGCCAGUAAAUAAAAAACUGACAGAAAUUUCUGUGAUAUUAAUUCCUGUUGUAGUAUGCUUAUUAAUAUGGUUCAUAAAUUUUUGACUAAAUGUUACAUAUACCUCAAUGAGAACUUAUAUCUGAAUAGUUGUAUUUUCCAAGUGCUGUAUUUUCCUUUCCCUGGUACAAAUGCUGCAGAGUGCUCUCCGUCCUCCCUUUAUGAUUUCUGUUUUUGCCACAUGUAUAUGUAACUGAACACACAGCUUUUCAAAAUUAGGUCUAAUUGAUAGCAUAAAAACCAAAGGUUUUUCUGUUUUGAUUUCCCUGAGUGGCCACUUUAGACAGGUUUGAAUGUAAGAAGAAUCAAGCAAGAAGUUCAGGGGGUGGCUUCUUACAGCAGUGAAUGUAGUGCUAAAUCUAGUGGCCAAAUGGUAUACGGUAUAUCCUAAACGUCUGUCAUCGUUGUAAAACAUGGAGGUUGGAAACUGUUGUAUACUUAACUAACAUUCCAGUGUGAACAAAACUAUAAUUUUUCGUCGUCUGGACAGCUUUGUAGGAAAUAUAUCAAUGUCUAGUCCCAUGUCUUUAUUUUUGUCUGUUUGUUUUGUUAAUAUUUUAAAUCAUCAUGUUAAAUGUCAGAUUUGCUGCAUUGUCAAUGUAUAUUUUUUGGAAAUAAGUAUAUUGCUUGUGAUAUCAUUGUUGAAAUGGUUGCAAUAUCCAUACAUGUAUGUAUCUGUAUGUGAACUGUUUAUGACCUUAUGACUUUUGUAUCUGUCUACCAGUAAACUUAUGUGCUACAUACAGUAAGCUGUGAAUGAAUGUCUAAGUGAUUGUAUACAUGUGCCAAAUUUUACAUUUUAUGCAUUUCGUUUGAAUUUUAUGAAUGUAAAUAACUUUUUGAAAUAGGAAAAUAUUUGAAAUUAUUUUAAUAUUUUUAGAAAGUUAUUUGGCCUGUUUUAUCUAACCACAUAAAUGGCAUGGUAAAUUAUAAUCUAUUAAAGUUUUGUCUGUAAAUUACUACGCAUAAAGGUCAUUGAAACAGUAACAACUGAAUUUGCUACCACAUUAAAAAUCAUUAACUUUGAAAAAAGUUUUGAUUACAGGUUAACCUGGUUUCAUUUCAUUAUGAAAUAUUACUGUAAUUUGUUUUUGAAGCGGAAGCUAUAUGUUUUAUCCCAUAGAGUGUGUUGAAUCGCUGAAGGAUGUUAUUGUCAGGUCAUAAGGUCUGAUUUGUUAUACAGUUAAGUCCCUUGUACUGUUGCUGACUGACACCGACUUCGUCGCUAUUUUGUGCCAUGUGACAUACUUAUUGUUACACAUGUGAAAAGCAUCACAAGAUUACACAUUCAUCAAUAUGCAGCCUCUCAUACACUUUUUAGGUCAUACAGAAAUACUUCAGAAAUAUUAUGUUCAAUUCUAUGCAAAUUUCAUAUACCGGUAAAGGAUUGUUUAUAAUUGAAAAAGGAACAUAUACAACUGAUGUUGAAGCUAGUGUUAAAAAUGUUCCAUUCAACAUUGUAUUAAAAUCAAUGUAAUAAAUCAGACUUGUUAGUGCUGUGUCUAAAGAGGUACAUUUCACCUGUGAGAGUAAAAUAAGAACAAGUCUAUAAUUAUUGAUAUAUAUAUAAAAAAAAAACACCUUAUUUUGUCACUGUGAGAUUUUUGUGACAGGGGUUUUGGCCAUGUUGUGUUUGAAUGCAUUAUAGUGUAUGAAGCUCAGUGUUUCCAGCUGAAGCGAUACACUAGGUGUAAGUUGAAAAGUGUGUCCCACAUGACAACAUAAUGUCGUUGCUUAUUAUACUGACUGUGAUAUGUAGAUUUAGUCUGUAAAUAUCUGCCUUGUGUAUAGCAGCCUGGACCUUUUAUCCUACAGUUUUACAGCUUAAUCCGAGAGUUAUUUUUACUACACAAAGUUGUUUGAUUGACUCAGAUAUUUACAAGAAGAGAAGAAAGAGAGAUGAUGAUGAUGAGAGAAUAGAGAGAGCAAGAGACAGAAAGAUGGUGAGAGAAGAGAGGAGAAGUGGUGAAAGUAUAGAAGAGAAAGAGAAAGAUGGUGAGAGGAGAGAGAGAGAAGGUGAGAGUAUAGAAAGACAAAGAUAGUGAGAGUAUAUAGAGAGAGAUGGUGAGAGAAGAGACAGAUCGUGAUCAGGUUUGUAGUUGGAAAAUGAUGCAUGAUUUUCUUCAAUCAUUCAUUAAAAAUGAAAAUUAUUGUAGUAGCUGGUGGCUACCUCACAGAACAUCAUACAGGGGGCACAUUGCAUGCCAUCCAGAGCAAUAAGUGUAACAUGUCUUGCCCAAGGACACAACCACGAUAGCACAGACUGGCCCGUUUCUCAGCUUCUAAGAAACACAAACUGCCAGAGAGCACAAACUGUAGUGUGAUAAACCAAAAUUGUAAGAUUUGACCUAAAUUGUGAGUCGAUGACCAAAAUUGUGAAAUGUAACCUAAAUUUGAAGUCAUUGACCAAACUUGUGAGUUGUGACCUAAAUAAUGAAUGGCUGACCUUUAUACCGAGUCAAUGACCUAAAUUAUGAAUAUGUGACCUUAUUUAAAUCUGGGACCUAAAUAAGGAGUGGGUAACCUCUAGCUUGUUGUGGAUGGCCCACAUAGUGAGCAAGUGAUUUUGUUUUAUCAUUACUGAUGUAUAACUGUAAACCAUUUGUCACCUUUACUUAAAAUUCUCCACAUUUUAUGCAAUAUUCUGAAUUCUUUUUCAUUUACUUUUUCAAUAUUUUUGGGGGUAACUAUUUAUAAUUGAAUCACUUUAUUUGGAUCCUGUAUAUUAUUGAUGUACUGCGGCAGUGUCAUUGAGAUUUACAUCAGCUGUUGUUGCUUUGUUUUAUGAUACAAUAUAUAUACAGAUAAUAUGUCAGCAUCAUCUGCACUGUGUAAUCAAAACAUUUAACACAUAUUCGUCCUGGCUUUACUGUAUUGUGGCUUGCCGAUUGGUUUACACAAUGUUCAGACAGAAGUAUUGGUUAUGUGCUAAGUGCAAUUUUAUGUGAGAACAUAUUAGUGUAUCACACAAUCUUCAUUUUGACCUAUUUUCAUGUAUAUGUUUUUGAACGUUUUGUGCUAAAAACAUGUCUCUACUUUGUCUUUUGUGCGGGAGUAUUGACUGCUACCUCUAUUUCUAGUUUUAAAUGGCAGGUUUUCUAGUGAAUGUUAUCCAGAACGUUCCUUGACAGAUCCUCUCCUUUUGUUAAUGAGUGAACAAAGUACACAUACACUGACAUAGCCAGUCUUGCCUUGUGUCAUUCAGUCAACGAGAACUUAUAUAACAUUAAUAUAUUCUAAGUAGACUGCUUAUCUGCAAGUAAUUCUGAAUUCCUGUUUACAAUAGUUGCACAGAGCGCUUUCAUCAACUAAUUAUCAAAAUUGAAUACAUAAUGAUACAUUCCAAUCUGAAAACAUGCAAAUCAUCUGGCUUAGCAUUCUUGGUUUGGGAAAGAACAGAAAUAUUCAGAACUCAUAUAAAAAAAACUGCUGCUUGCAGUAAGGAUUUUUACCCAUUUUGAAAUAAAAAUGAGACAAUUUAUAAUGCAGGGAAUGAUUUUAUUUUCAUAAUGAACAUAGUUGUAAUGCUGCCAUGACAGAAAUAAGCAUAAUGACUGGAGUUAUCUCCCUUGCCGAUUGCUGGUGGUUCUGUGAUGACAAGGGGAUUUUGAUGCCACAUCUCUACUCUGAUAAUGUGCCUUAAAUCAUUUGUAUGUCAUUCCAGACUGUUUUAGAUCAUUAUACUUCAGAAUGUAAAUGUAUUCUCGUUCAACUUAAGGGUGUAUGGUACGUUUUGUGCUAGAGUUAAAGAAUUCAUUCCAAAGUAUAACAGUGACAUACAAGCAUACCAGUGAUUUGUGUCGGAGUUAAAUUGAAGAAUCUCCUGAUUAAGGUUAUAUGCUACCUUUCACAUUAUCCCUGUCACUUGUAUUCAGAGUUAUCUCUCUUGAAGAUUUGUUUUACACAGAAAGUAGCAUACAUCCUUAAACAUUUUCCUUUUCUUGUAAGGAAAUAAGAACUUUUUCAUCUGUUGUAGUUUGUUUUAAUAAAUGUACAAUGUUAGAUAUACAUAUUAAUGUUUUUUAGAUUAAAUAAAGCAUUACAUUGUGUUUGAAAUUGUAUCUGUUGGUAUAUGUUUUGGAAAGCAAGAAUUUCAUACUUGUAAGGACUAAAUCAAUGCCAUUAUUAUUAGUCUCCAUAGAUAACUUUUUGAUGCUUUCUAGGGGUAUGGGAAUAUUUUUUUCAAUAUUUCUGUUUAAUCUGUCUCUCAUUAUGAAAUAUCAUGUUUAAUUAUGAUUGCUUGAUGAACGUUGCUUUAUAUUGUUGGAUAUUUUGUAUAAACUUGAAAGUUAAAUACCAAUAAUAAUGUGAUACUAAGUUCUAUCUUAUUGACAUUCAAGUAAGUUAUUUUCACUUCUUUGAGGAAACCAAAUAAAGAUAUAAUAGAUUGAA